CAAAUCUCUCUCUACUUUCUAGGGUUUUGAAAUUUGCAAAAAAAAAAAAAAAGAAAAAAAAGCUAAAGCUGGUCACAUUCCACAGAUACCCAUAGGAAUCCAAGCCAUCACCACCUUUUCCUUUUCAGGAGCGAAUAUAGAGGAGAGAGAAAGAGAAAGAAAGAGAGAGAAAGGUUUUCUCGUCUGAUCCAAUUUCACGGUCUAAGCGGAGGCUUUUUCUAGAGAGAGAGAGAGAGAGGGGGGGAAAUGAAAUGAGGUUGUUGUAGAGAGAGAAAGUUGCUGGUAUGUGGAUGAAGGUCUAGGUAGGUAGAGGGGCGAUGUUGGCAAUGGAGAAGGAUUUUGAUGCAAAGUUGAGGAUUCAGGGGAAUUCUUCUAAUGGCGGCAAUGUCCAGCGAUCCAAGAGCUUCGCUUUCAGAGCUCCGCAGGAGAAUUUCACCGUUCAGGACUUCGAAUUGGGCAAGAUCUAUGGCGUUGGUUCUUAUUCCAAGGUUGUGCGGGCAAAGAAGAAGGAUACCGGAAUGGUAUAUGCGUUGAAGAUAAUGGAUAAAAAGUUCAUCACGAAAGAGAAUAAAACGGCUUAUGUGAAGUUGGAGCGUAUUGUUCUUGAUCAGUUGGAUCAUCCGGGGAUCGUGCGACUGUUUUUUACUUUUCAAGACACCUUUUCGCUAUAUAUGGCACUUGAGUCCUGCGAGGGUGGAGAACUUUUUGAUCAAAUAACGAGGAAAGGUCGUUUGUCUGAAGACGAAGCUCGCUUUUAUGCAGCAGAAGUUGUAGAUGCACUUGAAUACAUACAUGGUAUGGGACUGAUACAUCGAGAUAUAAAGCCCGAGAACUUGUUACUUACGUCGGAUGGCCAUAUUAAAAUCGCUGAUUUUGGGAGCGUCAAGCCAAUGCAAGAUAGCCAAAUUACUGUCCUUCCAAAUGCAGCAUCAGAUGAUAAGGCAUGCACAUUUGUGGGGACAGCUGCGUAUGUCCCUCCAGAAGUCUUGAAUUCUUCUCCUGCAACAUUCGGUAAUGACCUGUGGGCACUUGGCUGCACCUUGUACCAAAUGCUUUCAGGAACUUCUCCUUUCAAAGAUGCAAGUGAAUGGCUUAUUUUCCAAAGAAUUAUAGCCCGAGAUAUCAGAUUUCCGGAAUAUUUUUCAGAGGAAGCUAGAGACCUCAUUGACCGAUUGUUGGAUUUGGAUCCCAGCAGGCGACCGGGUGCUGGACCUGGUGGUUACACAGCCCUCAAGAUGCAUCCGUUCUUUAGAGGUGUUGAGUGGACAAAUUUAAGACAGAAAACCCCUCCAAAACUUGCUUUGGAGGCUCACUCAGGUGAAAGCGAUGAAGGUAACGAUUCUUCAUGGAACCCUUCACACAUUGGAGAUGGUGGAGCAAGACAAAAUGAGGGGAAUACUGGUGCCACGUCAUCCUCUGAAGCAACUGCGCAUAUAACUAGACUGGCUUCCAUCGAUUCCUUUGAUUCGAAGUGGCAACAAUUCCUUGAACCUGGAGAAUCUGUUAUUAUGAUCUCGAUGGUGAAGAAGCUUCAGAAACUAUCAAGCAAGAAGGUGCAGCUUAUCCUCACCAACAAACCGAAGUUAAUUUAUGUCGACCCUUCAAAACUCAUAGUGAAGGGUAAUAUCAUAUGGUCUGAUAACCCCAAUGACCUCAACAUCCAAGUAUUGAGCCCUUCGAAUUUCAAGAUUUGUACGCCCAAGAAGGUGUUAUCAUUUGAGGAUGCAAAACAAAGGGCGUGGCAGUGGAAGAAGGCAAUAGAGGGGCUUCAGAACCGGUGAAAUCAGCUUUGCUUUUGACUACAACAUUCUUUGCAUAAAUUAUUAUAUUGUAGAGGAACAUGGGGAAUUCUUUUGAAAACAGUUGAU